AUGCAACAGCCCAUGGUCCCGGCUUGGAAGAAACUGGGCUUGAAGCUUAAGCAUGCACGAGAGAUCCCUGAGCAUUCCAUCCAGCUGAAUGGCCAUGGCGACAGCUCUAUCGAAAAUGCUCAAGGAAAAUCAUUUGAGCAACCUCAUAAAAGAAGAAAGAUUUCGCCCGUCAGCGGAGAAUCUCCACAGAAGGGAUCGACAAACGGAGCCAUUCAGUCAAGCUUGAAGGGCCCAAAGACACAGAACAAGAAAUUGAAAAAGAAAGUGUCCUUCUCUUUUGAUGCACCACCCGAUCUUGUAUCAACCGUAUCUCCGCCUAGCCAAAAGACCGCCGACGUGGAGAAAUCGCCAACGACAAAGCGAAAGAAGGAAAAGAAGCCGCGGAAGCAGUUCGCUCGCACUGAGCAAGCCUCGGCUCCAAGCAUCAAUCCAGCUUUGGAAUAUCUAAGACAGUAUCAUACAUCUCGAUCGACCUGGAAAUUCAACAAAACCAAAGAAAUCUGGAUCUUGAAACACGCAUUAUUGGUGGAUGACAUCCCCAGAGACUAUGAUGUGGCCCUAGCAAGGUAUCUACAUGGGUUGAAAGGGGUCGGCGCGAGGGAAAGGCUCGAAAAUGCCUGUCUUGACAUGCUACGGGCUAGACAAGGCGGCGAGGGUGUAAGCAGUCAAGACGCAUCGGAUCGUGAUGUACAGAAGAGGUUUAGAGCCAUGCUUCAGGCAUCAGAAGAUGGCAAAUUCGACGACGAGGACGACAAUCUUCGGCUUUGGAUUCAGCAGCGACCACGUCCUCAGCUCUUGCUUGAUAGCCUGGGGUCCGACGCAAGAGUCGAUGAACCAAAGCCAAAACAAAAGAAGAGGAAGAAUAGAACGGUGGUAGUGGACUAUGAUAGCUCGAGUUCUAGCUCGAGUAGCGAUAGCGAGAGUGAGAGCGACGGUGACAGUGACAGCCAAAGCCAAAGCGAAACUGGCAAAGAUUUGGGCACAGUUGAGGAUCCAACGUCGAGUAGCGGCAGUGACGAAUCUAGCGGUGGCUCAGAUAGUGAAUAG